GAUUUCAGAAAUAUGCUUUGAGGCUGUAAAAAAAAUGCUCAGACAGGAUAAGCUUGGACAUACUUCUUUGGCUGCAGUAAAAAUAAUUUCUGGCCUGGUGAAGAGCCAUAAUUACGAUGUUCGUCCUGAGGUUCUCAACAUCUUGCUUAACUUGCAGAUUAAGGAGGUUGAAGUAAAAAAAGACACUGAAGAUAUUGCCCCGAAACAAAAAUUCAUGUCUUAUAAAGAAAAGAAGAAAAAUCUCUCAAGAAUGCAGAGAAAGUGGAGGAAAGCCGAGGAAAAGUUGGAAAAAGACUUACUGGAAGCAGAGGCCUCUGAAAACAAGGAGAAGAAGUUGAAGCUGUACACUGAGACGCUGAACAUCGUUUUUCUCACCUUCUUCAGAAUAUUGAAGAGAGCGCAGAAGUCUGUACUCCUACCUGCUGUUCUGGAAGGCCUUGCAAAGUUUGCUCAUCUUAUCAACAUAGAAUUUUUUGAUGAUCUUCUCAAGGUCCUUUAUACUCUCAUUGAUUCUGGGGAUCUCAACUACAGAGAAAGUCUGCACUGCGUCAAGACAGCAUUUAAUAUCCUUUCUGGGCAAGGUGAUGUUCUGAAUAUUGAUCACCUGAAAUUCUAUACACACCUUUAUAAAACAUUACUUAAGCUCCAUGCAGUUGUUAACAAUGACGACAUUCUGAUAGCCCUUCAAUGCUUGGAAGUGAUGCUUGCCAAGCUUAGGAAGCAAGUAACCCAGCAGAGAGCCCUCUCUUUCUUAAAGCAGCUAUCCACACUGGCUCUGCACGUACUCCCAGACUCCUGCAUUGGGAUUUUGUCAACCAAUAGAGGAAUUAUGCAAACAUUCCCAAAGACCGACAUCCUGCUUGACAACGAGUCCCAAGGCAGCAGCCUCUACCUACCGGAGCUGGAUGAGCCAGAAUACUGCAAUGCCCAGAACACUGCGCUGUGGGAGCUGUACUGCUUGCGGAGGCAUUAUCAUCCUGUAGUGCGAAUAUUUGCUGCUCACCUCUGUGCCGGAGCUCCAUCUGAAGGCUCAGAAGGUCUCAGAGCGGAACUAAGUCACAAAUCUACAGUAGAACUUUUUGCAGAUUACACAAUCAACGGGAUGACAUUCAAUCCACCAAUUUCGGAUACAGUUUGCAAGAAAAAGGUUAAAGCUAGAGCGAAUGAGGUAAAAGAUGAUCUAAAUGGACUAAUACAAAAACAUCUUGAAAAAGUAUCUUCAGUACAACCGGACUUUGCUUCCUAUUUUAAGGCCAUUUCAACAUAAUUUUAAGUGAUAUUCGGUGAUGGACAAACCCAGGUACUUGCCAGUUUUUGCAAGUGGAUGUUUGAAGAAGUGAGAAAAAAAAAACACAAUUCUGGAGACCGUGAUUGCAUUCUCUAUGGAUUUGUGCCUCUUUUGUAUAUACAGGUUUAACCCCUUAAGGACCAAACUUCUGGAAUAAAAGGGAAUCAUGACAUGUCACACAUGUCAUGUGUCCUUAAGGGGUUAAACAAAAAAGUUGCAAACCAGCCUUUGUAAAG